UUCCCCUAAAAACAGAGCAUGCCAUGGCGACUCUGUUCCACUCCCACAUUCCCACUCCAAGAUCGCGAAUUCUCAGGCGCAGGAGGCGCAUUCUCUGUGAACUGGAAGAGCAGCAGCAGCAGCAAUCCCCAAAGAAGCAAGAUCCAGGCACCAAAAUCCAGCUCGAUUCCUCCACAGACUGGAUCGCUUCGUCGCUGACAAGAAGAUUUGGACUGGGGGCAGGCCUGGGAUACGUGGGCUUCCUCGCAUUCGGUGUAAUCUCCGAGCAGAUCAAAACGAGAACCGAGGUCGCCCUCGAGGAGCAAGGCUCCAGGGAAAUCCAAGAUGGAAAGGAGACCGUGCUUCCGAAUGGAGUGAGGUUCACAGACCUGGUAAUCGGAGGAGGGGCUUCUCCCAAGCGCGGGGAUUUGGUGGUCGUGGAUCUUGUGGGGAGAGUGACAAGCACUGGAGAGAAAUUCGUUGACACGAUCGGGAACAAGAGGCCACUGGUGUUCGUGUAUGGCGCGAAGCCAUACUCUGGUGGGAUGUGCGAUGGAUUGGAGUUUGCGCUGGCAUCGAUGAACGCCGGUGGCGAGAGGAGGGUGAUCGUGCCUCCUGCGCUAGGGUUUGGCGAACGAGGGGAAGAUUUUGGAGCUCAAGGAAGAGUGGAUCCAGACCAAGAGCUUGAAUUCGUUGUCCAGCUUAGAAAGGUAUCGAUCUCACCCACAUAGAUCCUCGCAGGAACUCUAGAGAAUGGAUGUUUCCAUUCAACCGGAAGGGCAUCUUGCUUUCUAC